AAUGUAGUUAUGCUAAAGAUAAUGAGUUAUAUUUCCAAAGCUUCUGCAGAACUUUUGAGCUGCAAAGAAAAAAGACCAAGAAGUUGGUCCUUUGUUCAGCAGAGUGUCAUAGAUAGUCUUUAGAUAGGCUGACAGGGGCCCGGAGCUUAGUUUCACAGGGAAUGGGUUUGCCUAUUGCUUUGCAUCAGAGAUUAGCAAGAAUUUUGGAGAAUAUCUAGGGACCAAUAAAGAUGGAAGCAGAGAGGGCCUAAGGAGGUGCACAGCCAGCAAGUGCCCCCAUGUGAUCAAUGAAUUUUAGAAUAUUGGUACCUAAUGUUCAACUGAAUUACAACUAUAAAUCAUAAUUAUAAAAGUAAUAUAGGCUUGCCAUAAAAUAUUUAAGCAGUUUAAAAGUAUUUAGAGUAAAAACGCCUUCCCCUCAACCAUGUAAAUAGCCAAAGAAAUUAUACCAUAUAUAUUAUUCACUAGCUUUCUUUUUUCACUUAACACUACAUCCUUCUAACGUCUAAGUAGUAUUCCUUGUUAUGAAUAUAACAAUUAUACUGUAAUAUGCUCCAAUUGAUGGACAUUUAGAUUGUUUUGAUUUUUAAAUUAUCAUAAAAAACGAUGUCCUGUGACUUACCUACUUGUUCAUGAGCACAUAAUUCUGUAGGAGAGAUUCCUAGAAAGGAAAUUGACCAGACACUGACAAAUUGCCCCAAGCAGUGUUCUGGGAACCGUCCGGCCUAUGCCUAGGGAUGCUUCUCCACAUCCCCACAGAGUAGAUGUUCUCAAUCUUUAAAAAUGCUCUCCAGUCUGAUUGGCAAAUCAGGCCACCUCUGUAUUUCACAUUCCUUGCUUAACAACAAAGCUGAGCAUUGUUAAUAUAUUCAUUAGUCAAUUGUGUUGCUUUUCCUGUGGAUUGCUUUUUUGUAUAUUUGCUUAUCAUUUCUGUUGGGGUGCUCAUUUCUCUUACCAAUUUGUAGAAAUUCUCAGCUACAUCAUGGAUCUGAACCCCCUGCUAUAUGUGUCACACAUGUUUUUGGCUUGUCUUUAUUUCCAUGGCACAUCUAGGAAGAUGUGAACAGCCACUGUGGUCCCGGUUUUGGGAUCAAGAGGCAGCUCUUUGGAGAGAGGGCAGCCAAGGUAAAGAAACACAGAUGAGCCAUGGAAAGAGGGCAUCUGUCUUCAGUCACCUGUGCAGGGUGAGCAGUGAUGUGUUGAGAAAAAAGUGUAUGAUUUGGAGAUUAAAAGGCUACAGUUCAUCCCCUGCUAGCUAUGUGACCGUGGAAAAAUGGUCUAACCGCUCCAAGGCUCAGUUUCUUCUAUAAAGAGAGGAAGUAAUGGUUACUUCAUACAGGACUGUUGUGUGAAACAAAUGAGUAAAUUCAUGUAAAGGACUUGCUUCGGGGCCUGACAUCCAAUCAGUGUUUGAGCAAUGAACAGUUUACAGUGUGAACCCAAUAAAAUCACACACACAGAUGCCUUUUGACGAUUUUAAAGGGCUAUGAACACAUACUUAAGUAGCUGUUUUACACACAAUUAUCCGUGUCAAGCAAUGCACUAGAAGUCUGUGAAACAUUCAGCCACUCUCUUAGUUCUGAGUUUGGAGACUGGAAUGCUCUCUGAGAGUGUCAGGUGUCCUCCCACGUUCACUGAUUGGCAAAGGGGAGAUGGGGGCUGGGAAGGGGGAGGCUCACUCAGGAGUCCAGACAGUGGUGGGGACAACCUGAGUGCUCAGUCGUAAAGAGGAAAGGCAGAAUUUUUCCUUGCUAUGGCUGGAACAAAGGCACUUUUGAUGCUGGAAAACUUCGUAGAUGGAAAAUUUUUACCUUGUAGCUCAUAUAUAGAUUCUUAUGACCCAUCAACGGGGGAAGUGUAUUGCAGAGUGCCAAAUAGUGGAAAAGAUGAGAUCGAAGCCGCGGUCAAGGCUGCCAGAGAAGCCUUUCCCGGCUGGUCAUCCCGCAGCCCCCAGGAGCGCUCGCGGGUCCUGAACCAGGUGGCAGAUUUGCUGGAGCAGUCCCUGGAGGAGUUUGCCCAGGCCGAGUCUAAAGACCAAGGGAAAACCUUAACACUGGCAAGAACCAUGGACAUUCCCCGGUCUGUGCAGAACUUCAGGUUCUUCGCUUCCUCCAUCCUGCACCACACGUCAGAGUGCACGCAGAUGGACCACCUGGGCUGCAUGCACUACACGGUUCGGGCCCCGGUGGGAGUCGCUGGUCUAAUCAGCCCGUGGAAUUUGCCACUCUACUUGCUGACCUGGAAGAUAGCUCCAGCGAUUGCUGCAGGGAACACUGUGGUGGCCAAACCCAGUGAGCUGACUUCAGUGACGGCGUGGAUGUUGUGCACUCUCCUGGAUAAAGCAGGGUUCCCUCAUCCUGCUUCCUGUCUUCAACACCAGAGCGGUGCUACUGCAGGUGUUCCACCAGGUGUGGUCAAUAUUGUGUUUGGAACUGGGCCCACGGUGGGUGAGGCCCUGGUGUCCCAUCCAGAGGUGCCCCUGAUCUCCUUCACCGGGAGCCAGCCCACCGCCGAGCGGAUCACCCAGCUGAGCGCUCCACACUGCAAGAAGCUCUCCCUGGAGCUGGGGGGCAAGAAUCCUGCCAUCAUCUUCGAGGACGCCAACCUGGAUGAGUGCAUUCCAGCAACCGUCAGGUCCAGCUUUGCCAACCAGGGUGAAAUCUGUCUCUGUACCAGCAGGAUCUUUGUCCAGAAGAGCAUCUAUACUGAAUUUUUAAAGAGAUUUGUAGAAGCUACCAGAAAGUGGAAAGUCGGCAUUCCCUCUGAUCCAUUGGCCAGCAUGGGUGCUCUGAUAAGUAAAGCACAUUUGGAGAAAGUCAGAAGUUACGUCAAGAGAGCUCUUGCUGAAGGUGCCCAGAUUUGGUGCGGUGAGGGGGUGGAUAAGUUGAACCUCCCCGCCAGGAGCCAGGCAGGCUACUUCAUGCUUCCCACGGUGAUAACAGACAUUAAGGAUGAAUCCUGCUGCAUGACGGAAGAGAUAUUUGGUCCAGUGACGUGUGUUGUCCCCUUUGAUAGCGAAGAGGAGGUGAUUGAAAGAGCCAACAACGUUAAGUAUGGGCUGGCAGCUACUGUGUGGUCCAGCAAUGUGGGACGUGUCCACCGGGUGGCUAAGAAGCUGCAGUCUGGCUUGGUCUGGACCAACUGCUGGCUCAUCAGGGAGCUGAACCUUCCUUUCGGGGGGAUGAAGAGUUCUGGAAUAGGUAGAGAAGGAGCCAAGGACUCUUACGACUUCUUCACUGAGAUCAAAACCAUCACCGUUAAACACUGAUCUUUGUUAAUGGUGGAGCUGCUAUGGCCGAUGCCUGGCUGCUGGGAUCAGUUGUUCAACGUGUUGGAUGAAAAUCACGGCAUGAAUUCCAGCUAUGCCUUGACUUGGCAGAAGGAUAUCUCUAGCUUAUCCUCAGUUCUUAGUAAUUUUACCCACUAGUGAAGAGAUACUGUCUAUUUUCAAUGUGGACUCAGAAGAAAAGACUUCUAAGUACGAAGACAGAACAAUGAUGCCAAACAGUUGUCAAGCUCCUCCCAGGUUAUGUUUUUAUAGUGUUUCUUUCAUCAUCUUCAUUGAACUCUUCGGAAUCUCCAGACAAUCAGAUUAUUUCAUUUGCAAGUAUAUGGUAAAUUUAAAAAAAAUCUACAAUCAGGCACAGUGCCUCCUGCCUAUAAUCCCAGCACUUUGGGAGGCCAAGGCGGCGGAUCACUUGAGUUCAGGAGUUCGAGAUCAGCCUAGGCAACAUGGUGAAAUCCUGUCUUUACCAAAAAUUUAAAAAUUAGCUGGGUGUGGUGCCCUCUGCCUAUAGCCCCGGCUACUUGGGAGUCUGAGGUGGGAGGAUCACUUGAGCCCGGGCUGUUGAGGCUGCAGUGAGCCAUGAUCAUGCCACUGCAUUUCAGCCUGUGGGACAGAGUGAGACCUUGUCUUUAAAAAAAAAAAUGCUACAAACCCAAAAAGAAACAAAGAGCCAUAAUUUGCCAUCUUUGGAGAGAUUAUGGAGAUGUUCUCCUUGUCUAUUAACCACUAGCAUGGCUAAUUGAUCUUUGAUUGUACCUCAUUACGUAAGGGGGCAGUGGAUGUCUUUGGAAUUUGUUAGGGGAAGCUUAUGUGGUAAGCUCUACUAAAUGUAUCUCUACAAGGAUGAAGAAAAACAAAAUAACUACCACUUUUGGAGGAAACUUGGAACAAGAAGAGGACAUAGUUUGAUCUAUUCCUAUGGUCAAGUCCAAUCAAUUCCAUUUCUUAGUGUGUGCAUCUAGUGAGGCUUACAACUUACUAACUCCAAAAGAAGCAAUAAAUGUUAAACAGUUUUAGUAACCAGUA